AUGAUAUCGAUUGACAAGGAGCGAGCUAUCAUAGCUAUGAAAGCCUGGGCUUCAUUUGUUCAACUGGCUUCUCGGACUAGGACUGCUCCAUUCGAGACCCUGGCGGAUUAUGUACCGGCUCGCGUGAUUGAUUCCGGAGAGUUAUUCUGGUUUGGCACUCUCACAUUCGGAAUGGGCCUGACUAUACCAGAUGAUGAGCUAGACAUCUGUAUGGAACUCGCUAGACCUGGGUACGCCGUCUUGGGUCUCACAAAUGACCUCUAUUCGUGGGAAAAGGAACGACGUGCUGCCAAGCGAGCAAAUCAGGAUUACGUUUUCAACGCUGUCUGGGUGAUCAUGCAAGAGCGUUCAGUCGACGAACAGAAAGCAAAGACGAUCUGUGUAGAGGAAAUACAAAAGUACGCCGCCGAGUAUUGUCAAAUUGUUGAGGAUACAAAGGAGAACCUGGAACUUUCCAAAGAUGUGCGGACCUACAUCGAGGCAGUAAAAUUCAGUUGCAUUGGGAAUCUGGUCUGGAGUAUAUACUGCCCGAGAUACCGCAAGUUUUGA